CACAGAGUUUCCGCAGGCAAGUGAAACCCCAGCGCGCUCUGCCAUCUUCCCCCACCAUGGCGGCCAUGUGGUCUCCGAUCAUCGGACUCCUGCUCCUGCUGCAACUAGCGCCGUCCUCUUCCUCCUACAUCCAGUUGCCUCUCCAAGGCAGCGUCCACCCUGUUGGUUACUUCUAUGUCACGAUGAACAUUGGUGGGAAGCCCUACUCACUGGACAUCGACACUGGCAGCAAUCUCACGUGGCUGGAGUGCAAUUACCCGGGCCACCAGUGCAAUCCCUGCAAGGGACCCCAUCUACCGUACGUUCCAAAUAUAACUCACAAGAAGGUGAUGUGUGGAGAUCAGUUUUGUACUGAUCUCCACAAAGACCUACCUUAUUAUCCGGAACGUGGGUGUGACAUUCACCAUCCACACGAAUGUCACUACCACAUUCAGUAUGUUGGCGGGACGUCAUCAGACGGGUUCAUCGUCAACGACACGGUGUCUGUCAAUGUGCUCUCUCCCUCUCAUCCGUCCAGGAGAGUACAAAUUUUCUUCGGGUUCGGAUGUGGAUGUAACCAGAAACCACACAAAGAUUCACCCGUAGAUGGCGUCCUUGGUCUUGGGAUGGGAAAGGAAGGAUUUGUCGCGCAAUUGAAGGCGCGUAACGUGAUCCGCAAGGACAUCAUUGGGCACUGUCUCAGCAUCGAUGGAGGGGGCUACCUCUUCGUCGGGGAGCAUGGCAUGCCCAGCGGCAUAACCUGGGUCCCCAUGAGAAAAUACAGCCAUUACUACACACCUGGCCCAGCACAGCUGUUACUUGGCGGAGAGAAGAUAGGCAGUCAGAAAAUGGCGGUCUUCGACAGUGGUACCACAUACACCUACAUACCUGACCAGGUGUACUCCGAGCUUGUUAGAGAAGUGAAAAGGAGUGUCAGCGGCUCACUUCAAAGGGUGGCUGAUCAUGCGCUUCCUGUAUGUUGGAAGGGCCCAUUCCAAUCAAUCCAACUGGUCAAGAGGAAAUUCAAGCCACUAGCGCUUGAAUUUACCAACAAAGUCAUGCAUAUCCCACCAGAAAACUACCUCGCACUCACGGGAGAAAAGAAUGUAUGCUUGGGCAUCCUUCAGACACCAAAGGCUGGUGGCCAAAUGAUAAUAAUUGGAGAUGUUACAAUGCAGGAUCUUCUUGUGAUAUAUGACAAUGAGCAGAAGCUUGUCGGAUGGAUCAGUAAACAGUGUAAACAUACUCUGGAAAUACCAUCAAUCCAUGCUCUCUGAACGAAGUGUAUGUGAGGAUCAGGCUUCGUAUAAGAUGGAGUUCCCGGAAGCAGAGGGGUUAUAUGUUAACAAGAAUAAAUAUAAGUUUUUAUUGGCUUUAAUAUUGGCCUUGUAAUGUACGACUGUAUCCUUAUCAUGUGUACUAUAUAUGUACUGGGUCGGGCCCCAAAUGUAGUAUCAGAUUUCAAGUCAUUCAUA